AUGGGAGAAGGAAAUUUGGAUGUUGAAUUCAACAUUAAAUUUGGAGCUUUGAGAGAAAAUGAAAGCAGCACUAUCGACACUAAUCCUCUCACUCCUCACUCCUCUCUCUGCCGCUCCGUUUGCCUCCACCCAAAGCCUCUCUCUCCUCUGCCGGCUUUCCUCUCUCCAAUCGCACCCUCCAAAGCCAUCGCCACCAACAUCCGCAUCGGUCUCAGCGGCAAGUCCCAGACCCGCUCUGUCAAUUUAUCGUCGGUGAUGGCGUCGGCUUACAAGCCCGAAGAAGCCAGGGUCCCGCCUGCUCUUCCCCUGCCCACUCCUCCUGUCACCAAGUUUAAGAUUGCGCUGUGCCAAUUGUCGGUGACGCCGGAUAAGGAGAGGAACAUUUCCCACGCUCGGAAAGCCAUCGAAGACGCCGCCGCAAAGGGUGCCCAGCUUGUCGUCCUCCCUGAAAUUUGGAAUGGUCCGUAUUCAAAUGACAGCUUUCCGGUUUAUGCUGAGGACAUUGAUGCGGGUGGCGAUGCAUCUCCUUCAACAGCCAUGCUGUCUGAAGUUGCUCAACGUCUGAAGAUCACCAUUGUUGGUGGAUCUAUAGCGGAGCGUUCUGGGGAUCGGUUGUACAAUACUUCCUGUGUCUUUGACACCGAUGGAAAGCUGUUAGCUAAACACAGGAAGAUACACCUAUUUGAUAUCGACAUCCCGGGGAAGAUUACCUUCAUUGAAUCAAAGACUCUCACAGCAGGGCAGACUCCUACCAUUGUGGAUACAGAAGUUGGGCGUAUUGGCAUAGGUAUCUGUUAUGACAUUAGGUUUCAGGAACUAGCAAUGAUUUAUGCAGCAAGAGGUGCUCACUUGAUAUGCUAUCCUGGGGCUUUUAACAUGACUACUGGACCGUUGCACUGGGAAUUAUUGCAGAGGGCAAGGGCUACAGAUAACCAGCUAUAUGUAGCAACUUGUUCCCCUGCUCGAGAUGCUGGAGCCGGUUAUGUGGCAUGGGGCCACUCAACCCUUGUUGGACCAUUUGGAGAAGUAAUGGCGACGACAGAACAUGAAGAGUCAAUAAUCAUAGCAGAGAUUGAUUAUUCAAUUAUUGAGCUUAGAAGGACAAACCUCCCCUUACUGAAGCAAAGACGAGGCGAUCUUUACCGGUUGGUAGAUGUUGAGAGGUUAAAUUCUCGAUGAUUACGUACGGGUAGAAGAUUCCUAUUGUGCCUCAAGGAAGGAGAGUGUCAAAGACCGCAUUUCUUAAUAGAAAGAAUGCGUCUGUAUGUAUAAAUAAUGAGAGCUUGUUAUUACUUAUCGAAAACUCGAAUUAUUGUGUCUGUAUCUAGUAACGAGGGGCGCUCUUGAUUUGAUAAGCUCCGGUCUGCAAUGUAGAAGUAAAGGAUAGUUGAUCAUGCAUAUCUGAGGUUGUGUUUCAUUUUUA